AUGGACCCCCCCGCCCUGUGCGUCCUCCCCGCUCUGCUGCUGCUGCUGGUCUUGCCCCGUGUGGCCCCGGUCCCCUGCCCCCGGCCCUGCUCCUGCCCCCAGCCCGCCGAGCUCCACUGCACCUUCCGCUCCCUCGUCACCAUCCCAGCUGCUGUCUCCAGACACGUGGAGCGCAUCAACCUGGGGUUCAACAGUAUUAAUAAGAUCACAGACACAUCUCUGGCUGGCCUGAGUAAGCUGGAGCUUCUGAUGGUCCACGGGAACGACAUCCACAGUCUGCCCCACGGCGCGUUCAAGGAUCUCACUUCACUGCAGAUGUUGAAGAUGAGCUACAACAAGCUGACGGAGAUCAACAGACACACCCUUCAGGGUCUCUGGGCCUUGGCCCGGUUACACCUGGACCACAAUCACCUGGAGUUCAUCGACCCGGACGCCUUCCAGGGCCUCACCUCUCUGCGGCUGCUGCAGCUGGAAGGCAACCGGCUUCAGCAGCUGCACCCAGCCACCUUCAGCACCUUCACCCUGAUGGGCCACUUCCACGUCUCCACCCUGAAGCACCUCUACCUGUCAGACAACAAUUUGACAUCGCUGCCCUCCGGGCUGGUGGCCACCAUGCCACAGCUGGAGAACCUGUUCCUCCAUGGGAACCCGUGGAUAUGUGACUGCAACAUGAGGUGGCUCCAUGACUGGGAUCAAACUUCACCAGGGGUCUUGAAAUGUAAAAAGGACAGGGCCCUUCCCGGUGGCCAGAUGUGUCCCAUGUGCUCCUCUCCCAGGCACCUCCAGAGGAAAGAGCUCCAGGCGCUGGAGAACCUGGUCUGCAGCGGCCCCGUCAUCAGUUCUCCUCACAGGACUUCCCCACCUGAUGACGUGGAGAGCGAGGUCAUGACCAUGGAGGACUUCAGGGAACCAUUUGGGAACAUGUCCCUGGGCAUGUCAGACGAACAUGGGAAUGAGGUGGACCUGGAGUGUGGUAUUGGGGAGCCAAGAGUCCUUACCAAGAUCAACUGGGAGCAGGUGAACCAGCUCCAGCUGGCCUCCAACCUCACUGUGUCUGUGGACCUGGAAUGCCCGGUCGACAGAGAAAAGUAUGAGCAACUGUGGAGACUUAUCGCAUACUACAGCAGCGUGCCGGCCCACUUGGAGAGGGGGAUUAUGCUCAGAAAUGAGCCUCAACCCAUCUAUGUGUACAGACAGGACUCUGAGAAGGACGCCCAGUACUACACAGGUGUUAAAGUGAACAUCAUGGCCCAGCCGGCAUGGCUGAUGCAGACAUCUGCAAACCUUCAGCUGAACAGACUUCAGUCAUCAGCCAAGAUGGUUAAAUUGAUCCUGAGCACGGACUUCUCAGAGACGGUGGAGGCCGAGCUGGUGCGGAGACAGAGGAGGACGUGGGUCAUGAUUGAGUCAAUCAACACCACCAGCACGGUGCUGACUGCUGUCCUGGGAAAUCCGAGUCAAAUGUUCUGCAACGUGCACAGUUCUGGCCGACCGGUCAUCCACUGGAUGCUGCCAGACGGCUCCAAGGUGGAGGCCCCCAACAGCAGUCCAGACAACAGGGUGUCUGUGUCCACGGACGGACGGCUGCUCAUUCGAGCUGUCAGCCAUUUAGACACCGGAGUUUACUACUGUAUCGCCAAGGUUCAUGGAGACCUUGCUGUCAUGCCGUUCCAUCUGACGGUGCAGGAAUCCUCCACCCCUCCCCCAGGAGAGGACGCCUCCGUUACUCCUAUCGAGGGGUUUGCAGGCGGCCCCAUCUCCCUGCCGUGCUCAGCAUCUGGAUCUCCUGAUGCAGAGAUCAACUGGGUUCUGCCAAACAGCAACAUAGUUAGUUUCCAAGCUAACUCCUCUAGAGCUUUUGUCUAUUCCAACGGCACUCUACACAUCCCACAGACUCAGUUAUCAGACAGUGGUCAUUAUAAAUGCAUCGCCAUUAAUCAACAUGGUGUGGACACACUGGCUACAAAAAUCACUUUUGUCCGGCGCAAAGGGCUCAUCAGGCCUUUGAGGAAGUUUCCAACGAGACCUCAGUCAGCGUCAGGGCUGAGCACUCAGAUUAAGGUCCCCACUGAGGAGGCAGAGGACGCCUCCGGGGACAUCGGGACUCAGGUGGGGGCUCCAAUCAGACGCUUGGAUCCUUCGAGGAAGAGAAUUCCAGGAGGUGUGGCCCCCGGCAGGAGGGGAGUCCACCCGUCCAGGAACUUGUGGCGGAGGCCGCCGGUGCUCCGAAAACCAACAGGAUCACAUGUUGAAGACAGGAAGAACACCGUGGAGAGCAGGAGGAAGAUUAAUGUGUCAAAGAGUAAAAUAGACCCGGAGAAGUGGGCUGAUAUUCUGGCUAAGAUUAGGGAUCGAAACGUUCAGAAUACCGUGACACCACUCCCAGUUCAGCACACGACAGAGAGGACUCAGACAGAGAAGGCCACACAGUCACAGGUCACUCUGGAGGGUUCUUCAGAUGGCAUGCAGGGCCAGGAUCACGUCACAACAACGCCCACUCCAACACAAUACAGGCAAAUGAAAACGGAUAAACACGAUACAGAAGCCCAAGACACACACUUGGAUGUACACACAACUUCAAACAGUGUAUUUUUCCUCCCACAGCAGACCACAUCUGUUCCCCUACACGAUGUCACUUUCUGGCAGGCCAACACAAACACUGCAAGCAGCAGCAGUACAUUUUCUCUACGAGAAAACCAAAGCACAAAUACAGAUGUGGAUGGAGUCAAAACAGCUGAUGCAUCCAAGGAGAGGAGCGAGGAUAUGGACAGACCGAAGGCUGGUGCCAGCUCUGAUGAUGACAGAGAGCUCUCCUCGAGGGGAAGUCAGAUGAUCCCUUCGGUCAACCCGAAUGAAUCAGAAACAAGCCAAGAGGAAAAUGGAAAAUAUCUUAGUGUGACUGCCACAACAUCGCAGUCGCGUACUACACUUGAUGAUUUGCAAACUCAAGCGAUGCUCACAAAAGUAUCUCCAACAACUACACCAGCACCCACCUCUACAAGGAGGAGGGGGUCUGAAGGACGCAAUCGACAACCUAACUCCAGGAGGAGGAAUGGGGGUCGUCGGAGAAAGCCCAACAAAAUGAAACAAGAGCUGAUGAAACCCACCCAGUUUACUGCCACCACUCCUGCAAACGGUCCCCUAGCAACCGCCCGGACCACUGCCUCCACACGGCUAAAAAUAGACCCAUUAGAAGUCAAAACAGCCCAUUUCAAUACCACUGUUCCAUUCAGCGGCAGCCAAGCAGCGUCAUCAGGUCUACUGAGUCAUGAAGAGAGCGCAGUCUUAGGGCAUGACGACGAGCCAGCCAGCAAACCAACUUCUCCCUCCGAAACAAACGACAGCCGUCAGCCCUUUGCCAAACCGCUGUUCGAAAGCACAUCAGCGGCACCACCAUUUCCAACAGCCUCUCCAGAAGUAGGUCACGGAAAGACGAGUUCUCAAACAGCCCUGAGAAUCUCAGAGAGUGCUUCUCCUCCAGUCACUCAGCAGACAUUUACAGGCAGCCCUCUUCCACCUGUUGAACCCUUACAGGAGACUCUACAUGUUAGUGCUACAGGAGACCUUGGGCCCCUGCCAAACUCUGGGGAUUUUCUCACGGUGAUGCAAGUGAUAGCAGAUGUGGGGCAGAAGGAAUCAGACUAUCAAUACACACCACCAGAAAAAGGCGAAAGAAUGCUUUUGAAAGAGACGGACGUUCAUUCAACAGCUGAUUCCUUGAUCGAGCAUGAAAUCAAGACGACCUCUGGAUACGCUUCAAGUGGAUUAAAUACCACACUGAGCGUUCCUUUUGAGGGUGAUUUGGAAACAGAGGAGCUGACCACAAAGAAACCUACACUAUCUGAAAGACCCGAUCAUAACUUGAGUAAAAAUAAAACCACAAGCAGUGAGUCAGAUGAAGAUCUGCAUCUUAAAGAAACCGCAAACACAGGAAAUAACUCUGAUUUUACAAGUAUCGCCAUAACAACAGCUGUAUCUGCUACUUCAUCAAUGCCCGAUGCUGUGAUCCUAUCUACAGUGGCGUCACAUGUCACACCAGCCAAAACAUCUACCACAGAGGCCAAAACGGGCCCUUCAUUUAGGGCCACCACUCAGGAGGCUCCCAGGUUAAACAACAUCCCAUACAACCACGAACCUAGGAGAACAUCAGACUUUCCUCCUUCAACCCAAUCAUCUGACCACAACCUGGCUCUAUUUAUUAGUCCAAAUCCAACCUCCCCAGCGCUAACACCGACCAGCUCACAGACAACCAAACAGACGGCCACCUCUGCCCCGACAACUGCUGCGAACCAAAGCGAUCCGUUCGGAGAGGGACUUCUAACAAGCACUCAGGAUGUGUCCGAAAGGAACCAGCUACCUGGAAAAGGAACUCUUCCACGAGGGAAGCCAAGAAUAACUAAGAGCAGUUUCCAGACGUUCAGCGUGGACGCUGAAACAGAUGCUCAGCUCCCCUGUGAGGCCGAGGGCGAGCCCAUGCCCUUCCUGUCAUGGACUAAAGUUGCCAGUGGGGCGAGUAUUGCUCAGAACACCAGGGUCCAGAGGUUUGAGGUCCAUCCAAAUGGGACAUUAAUCAUCAGAAACACACAGCCCAUGGACGGGGGCCGGUACCUUUGCAUGGUCCAGAACCAGUACGGCACAGACCAGUUGGCGGUCAACCUUGUGGUCCGGUCUCAGCACCCACGGGUCCUCCAGCCUCGGCACAGAGACAUCACUGUGCACCUCGGUGACAAAGUGGGUUUGGAGUGUAAAGUGGAGGGGCACCCUACGCCCAGAGUCACAUGGGUGCUCCCUAACCAGGUCCACGUAGCUGCUGCCCCACUGGGUGUCGCCCCCCAGCAGCACGUGGCCGUCUUCAGUAACGGAACCCUCCAGAUCAGCCAGGCCACUCACUCAGACAGAGGGAUCUAUAAGUGCAUCGGCAGCAGUGCAGCCGGAGUGGACUCAGUCUCUGUCCACCUUCACGUCUCAGUGCUGCCCCCUGUGAUCCAGCAGGCACCACGUGAGAACACCACCCUCCCAGAGGGCAGCCCCGCCUACAUCCACUGCACCGCCACAGGGGCCCCUCAGCCACUCAUCAGCUGGAUCACGCCUGAUGGCAUGCAGCUUACUGCCUCCCAGUUUGUUACUGGACGCAACCUCAUUGUCUUUCCCAACGGGACCCUGCACAUACGAGGAUUUGGCCCGGGGAAUGCUGGGAGAUAUGAGUGUUUAGCCAGUAACGGUGUGGCAUCCAGCACCAGAACAGUGAUGUUGAGCACACGGAGGAAUCCCAACUCUGCCAAGGCCAGCAUCACCUUGUCGUCCCCCCAGAGAACAGAUGUGAUCUAUGGGGGGAGGCUGCUGCUCAACUGUGUGGCGACAGGAGGACCGGAGCCCCGGAUCAUCUGGAGGACACCAUCUAAGAAGCUGGUGGACGCUCAGUACAGUUUUGACCCCAGGAUAAGGGUGUUCCCCAACGGCACAAUCACAGUUCACUCCGUGACGGACAAGGACGGCGGUGACUACCUGUGUGUGGCUCGUAACAAGAUGGGCGACGACUACGUUGUGCUGAGGGUCGACGUGUUGACCAGGCCGGCCAAGAUCGAGCACAAGCAGCAGAGAUCCAAUCAGGAGGUGGUGUACGGUGGAGACCUGAAGGUGGACUGUGUGGCAUCUGGUCUCCCCAACCCGGAGAUCAGCUGGGCACUGCCGGAUGGCACCAUGGUCAACCCGGUGAAACAAAGAGAGAGGGUCAACGGGGGACGCAGUCGCAGGUAUGUGGUGUUUGACAAUGGAACGCUGUACUUCAACCACGUCGGCAUGCCAGAAGAAGGUGACUACACCUGCUACGCCGAGAACCAACUCGGCAAGGACGAGAUGAAGGUUAGAGUCAAGGUCAAGGGCGCAACUUCCCCGCCAAAAAUCCAGGAUAAAGACCAGAAGUUGGUCAGGGUCUUCUAUGGUGAGACAGUCACAAUAAGAUGUCAUGCCAAAGGGGAACCAAUGCCCACCAUCACGUGGAUAUCCCCCACAAAUAGAGUCAUCUCCCCUGCAUUGGACAAAUACCAGAUCCUGGAUGAUGGGACAUUGGUGGUUCAAAAGGUCCAGCGUUCUGAUGGAGGUAACUACACCUGCAUGUCCAGGAACAAUGCAGGACAAGACCAUAAAGUCAUUAGGCUGGAGGUCCAAGUAACAUCUCCAAUGAUCAACGGCAUAGGAGGAACUGCCAACUCCAUCAAGGUGGCGGCUGUCCAGGAUCAGCGGAAGCUGGUGGACUGUGUGGCAAAGGGAACCCCCACCCCUCGGAUCAUGUGGGUCCUACCAGGAAACGUGAUCCUGCCUGCACCGUACUACAGCAACAGAAUGACCGUCCACCAAAAUGGUACCUUGGAAAUCCGGUCAGCCAAGAGGACGGACUCGGGGAAGCUGGUUUGUAUCGCUCGUAAUGAAGGAGGAGAGGUCAAGCUGGUGGUGAACCUGGAUGUGAAAGAGGUUGUUGAGGGUACACGAAUUAGAGGUUCCACAACAGAUAGCCUCUCACUGACUGUGGGGAAUAUAAUGACUUUGAACUGCUCUUUUGAGGGCUCAAUACUUCCUUACGUCACUUGGAUCUUACCCAGCGGGACGCCGUUGCAGAGCGGCGCUCGGUUCUCUAAGUUUUUCCACAAGCCCGACGGCUCUUUGAUCAUCAGCAACCCCUCUGUUUCUGAGACCGGUACGUACCGCUGUCUGGGGCGUAACUCUCGAGGGCUUGUGGAGCGUACCUUCACGUUGUCCCCGGGGAGGAAGCCAGAGAUCAACAACAGAUAUAACUCUCCUGUCAGCGUUGUGAAUGGGGAAAGACUUUUGCUUCAGUGUCUCACCAGUGGCGAGCCUCUCAGACUAACAUGGACACUGCCCACUGGGGUGGUCCUCAACAGGCCACAGAGGGCUGGACGAUAUGCUGUACUACCUAACGGGACACUGGCCAUCCAACAAGUAUCCGUCUAUGAUCGGGGCUCCUACGUUUGCAGAGCGGCCAAUGAGUACGGCAGCUCUCAGCUCUCAGCUUCAGUCAUUGUGAUAGCGUACCCGCCUCGGAUCACCAGCGGCCCUCUAGCUGUGACUUACGCUAAACGUGGAGUUGCUGUUCAGUUAAACUGUGUAGCAACUGGGAUCCCAAGAGUGGAGGUAGCAUGGGAAACACCCGAUAAAACCCGCCUGGCUGUCAGUGCGCAGCCACGCCUCUUUGGGAACAAGUACCUCCAUCCACAAGGUUCCCUCAUCAUCCAGAACCCGACACAAAGAGACGCUGGCGUCUACCGAUGCACAGCUAGGAACGCCAUCGGCAUAGACUCUAAAGCCACCAUCCUCCAAGUGUUUUGAAGAAUAUCACAUCAUAAUGGUCCAUCUUCAUACUGUAUGCCCAAGCAACUGCCUAGAUAAAAGCAGCUAAUGUUUUUAUUGAUAUAUAAUGUUGUAAAAACUGCUGUCACAAUGAUGAAAUACUGAGUUGACCUGCAGUUGUGCUUUGAGUAUGUACUGUUUAGGGGUAUUUUGCCGCACCACAGUUUACCAUUUUCAUCAUUAUUUGUAUAAUCCACAUCACUGAAAUGAUCAAGGGCCUCCCAUUUUGAGCAUUAAGACACUUUUAAUAGCAAUGUUUGCUAUAGAAAUGCUAAUCACGUUAGAAAGCAGACUGCAAUAACGCUAGUUUGCCUGUGUUUUUGCAUUGCAGAGUUUUAACAGUUAUUGUUCAUGGACAGUUGUUGUUGUUCUCAUUUCUUUGGGAUUCCAGUUGUUGUGUCGUGCAGUUUAGCUUCAGACUAAUGACUUGUAUGGUCACAUUGUGCAGUGUAUUUCCCUUUACCGAAUGAUUUACAUUUAACUAGUAAUAAGUAAUAACUGGAACAUAUUGGUACCUCAUCCUAUAAGGUGAUGGCACAGAUGAACAGUUGUAGGUACCUGAAUGGUUCUACACAUAGGCCAAACACCAGAACAAAAGCAACAUUAUCUUAAAUAUGUUGACACAUUUCUUAACUUCUAUAUAUUUCAAAUCACUCAGGGAGAUGGGAAGGAGAGGUGAAAAAUAACUAUCUCUAUAUUCCUACCAUACUAGGAUAAAUAAAUACCAACAAUCAGGUCAAGACUUCUGCUCUUCUGUCCACAGGUUUCAUAGAGUAGUCCUAAAACAGCUCUAAGAAAUAUACAUAGGUCACAUCGCUAACGCUUAUUUGUCUACCAGUUACUAAAUGGGAAAACGGUACAUAACAUAAAACUUUGAAUAACUAUUUUCGGACAGUCAUCUAAGUAAUUAUUUAACAACUUUCAUUAGGUUUUUUUAGGUAUCAUGCUGAUAGACAAACGGAACCAAAAACAUAACCUGCUUGGAGGAGAUAACCAUUAAACAGUAAACUGUAAUCUGUGUCAUGCAAAAUCAUUCUGUGUUCCUAAUUUCUAUAUUCUUCAUUAAUUUUGGACUUCAAUAACAAACUGCAUAAUAAUAAUUGACAGAAGAAUCGCAUAAUUUAUAUAAUUCAUUUUCUAACUUUGAAAUACUAUUGUUUAACUUUGUAACAGGAUUGAUUGAAAUAUGCAUAAUGUUGCUAGUAAGAUUUUGAAGGCGGAGGAUUUGUAUUUUUUACUCCAAAGACAUCAGUUGGUAUCCUGUGCCUUUCAUAAAUGUCCAUCUUAAGUAGUUUCUGUGUUUCCAUAUCUGCACAUAUUUCAAUAAGGGAUUGUGUUUCUGCUCUCAGCAGUGUGCACCAUCAUUGAAUCUGCUUCUGAAAAAUGCUGUGUCCUCAUUUGUAAAUUAUUUGUCUUUGACGGACUGUGGUGCAAAGCAAUUUCCCCAUAUUUUAAUAAAACAUUUCCACCUGUUUCUACGAA